GCAAUGGCCAUGCAGAUGCAGCUGGAAGCCAACGCAGACACCUCAGCAGAGGAGGAGAGCUUUGGGCCACAGCUCAUCUCCAGGUUAGAGCAAUGUGGGAUAAAUGCCAACGAUGUGAAGAAGCUGGAGGAAGCUGGAUUCCACACAGUGGAGGCUGUUGCCUAUGCACCAAAGAAGGAGCUACUGAACAUCAAAGGCAUCAGUGAAGCCAAAGCUGACAAGAUCUUGGCUGAGGCAGCUAAGCUGGUUCCCAUGGGCUUCACCACGGCAACAGAGUUCCACCAGCGAAGGUCAGAGAUCAUCCAGAUCACCACUGGCUCCAAGGAACUUGAUAAGCUCCUUCAGGGAGGAGUGGAGACAGGCUCCAUAACAGAGCUCUUCGGGGAGUUCCGCACCGGCAAGACACAGCUCUGCCAUACGCUGGCAGUGACCUGCCAGCUCCCCAUUGACCGCGGUGGUGGCGAAGGCAAAGCUAUGUACAUCGACACCGAGGGCACCUUCCGCCCAGAGCGGCUGCUGGCUGUGGCCGAGAGGUAUGGCUUAUCCGGCAGCGACGUCCUGGACAACGUGGCCUACGCCCGAGGCUUCAACACAGACCACCAGACCCAGCUCCUCUACCAGGCCUCUGCUAUGAUGGCUGAGUCAAGGUACGCGCUGCUGGUGGUGGACAGCGCCACGGCGCUGUACCGCACGGACUACGCGGGCAGGGGCGAGCUGGCGGCGCGGCAGAUGCACCUGGCCCGGUUCCUGCGCAUGCUGCUGCGCCUGGCGGACGAGUUCGGCGUGGCAGUGGUGAUCACCAACCAGGUGGUCGCUCAAGUCGAUGGAGCAGCCAUGUUUGCUGCAGACCCCAAGAAGCCCAUCGGAGGAAACAUCAUAGCCCACGCUUCCACCACCAGGCUGUACCUGCGCAAGGGCCGGGGCGAGACCAGGAUCUGCAAGAUCUAUGACUCCCCCUGCCUGCCCGAGGCUGAGGCCAUGUUUGCCAUCAGUGCUGAUGGAGUGGGAGAUGCUAAAGACUGAAGGCUCCAUUUCAUCUCCUGCCUCAUCCAUGACCAGGUGCCCAUGAAAGGCUCCUUUCUUCAUGGCACCUUCUGGAUGCUUUCCCACUGCGGCUGCUGAGAUGCUGGCAGAGGAAUCCCUUGGGGUUUGGGGAGGUCCCUCAGGGGCAGACAGCUUGAGACACAGCUGGAGGUGUUGCUUGGAGACCU